AUGUCAAAGGAAAUUGACAUUUCCAUACGAUACUUGGAAAAUGUUCUAUCUACCAACAAUUCCACUUUGAUUCUCAGUAAAUUCCUUUUCGCUUGCGUCAUUUGAAUUGUAAAUUGCAGGUAGCACAUCCGCUCUAUUAGAAGCUGUUUCUAAAACUUGUGACACUUCAAAUGGAGAACUCAAAGUAUGCUCAGAACAUUCUUCACAAUCUAUUGUUAAUCUGAAAUUCAGAGAUCUAUCAUCUCACUCAUCCGCAUAAUUGACAAGAAGUGCUUCUUGAACCAAGAAGUUGACACAAACCAAAUCAAGUUUUCCCUUCAAGAAGUCGGAAAAGUAAUGAGUUUGCAUUCGUCACUCUCCCACAUACAUUAUUCUAAUUUUAGCUAUGUCCCAAGUACCCAAAGAUCAACCAGAAACAGAGCAUUGAUGCGAGAGUGAAACCGAAUGCCGAGUUCCGGGAAAUUGAAACGAUUGCGAAUCCGGACGAAGAGAACAUUGACAAUCUUCUGAAUCAGCUGAAUCUCAAGUUUGUUGCCUGCCUUCGUGUCCAUUUCAAAAAUAUCAAAGUUCUUCCAGAAAAGUGCCCAGCUUCGCCCCAGCAUUCCCUGAAAUCGGAGACGACUCGGACGAUGAAAACGGAGUGACGACUAAACAGAAAGAAGAAGAGAGAGCUGAGCAGCACGGCCAGAAGGUAUCAGAACGGAUGAUAUGGGGGGGAUAAGACGUUGAUGACGUGUUUUUAGGUAUGCGAGGAAGAAGUGGUAAAGUUACCGGACGGCAGGGAGAUCAGGACGAAGAAGACUAAAACUGUGAACGUGAAGCAAACCACUAAACACGUGAGAAAAAUUGGGUUAAAAGCAAAGAAAUUAACUAGUUGUUAAGGUCACUAUAUCAACCAAGAGUGCCAACAUGCCGGAAGUCAGUAGAACGUUCAUGAACGCCCGUAGAGGAUUCGAUGAAGACGAGGAAGAAGAGAACACGAACUUCAGAUCUAGUAGAGGAGAUCCAUUCGAACGAUUCCGUUCUAUGCUAGAUAACAAAGACAAGGACAAAGAACCGGAGGCAAUCGAGGGAGACACAUCGGAACCGGGAACACCUGGCUCAUCUUCAAAAUCGAAAACAAUUGAGAGAACGAGUGAAGUGUCGCAGAAAGUGUCUGAGAAAAAAGAGAAAGACGGGAGACUCCUGGCAGAACAUGAGGCUUCUAAGCUCGACAAGUCCAACUUGUUUGCCAAGCAGAUUGACACGUACCAGGUGGAACAUUUCGAUUGAGUCUGGUUGAAUAACCAAUUUUUUCAUUCAGGGUAAAACAUUGAUCGACAGAAAAGGAGAAGGUAGUUAUGAAGAAAGCACUCUGGUCCGGAAUGCACUUCCGCAAGACUCCCAGGUUGCGACCCCUCCGAGAAUGCAUGUGGUCGAAUAUAUGAUGGUGAGGAGAAAGGAAAAGCGUAGGCGGGUGGGAUGUAUGUUACAUUAUGCUCUUGUACUGGUUUUCUAUUGUUCAUUUCGAACUCGCAACGUUUUAUUGCCCUGAAACCCAGAAUGUUCUCUUUGAAAAUCGUCAGUCUGUGUGCGAUUCGACUGUUCUAUCGCAAAAAUGCUAUACAUAUGAGGUGGGAGAAUCUGAAUGUCAACCCGCUUUGCAUAAUGCUGCCGGUGUCAAUUGUUUUUGUAGGCAUCGCAAUGUUUUCCCUAUACUGAAAUGCGCAUUCUAGCAUUCCCACUUCCCCCCUCACAUAGUACUAUUUCGGCGGACUCUGAAACUCUCUGCAGAUGUUUGGUGAUGACAAGAAGAACAACGAGAACGAGUAUCUGAAAGGCACCACCAUCUCGUCCUACGUCCGUCUCAACAAUAAUUUGACGUAACUUGAACUUCAUUUUCCGGAUGGGUUUAUCAUUUUGUUUCAGAACGCACGAAGAGCAGUUCAAGAAGAAGAUCCAAUUUGAAUUCAGUACGGCAGGUAAGAAUGACGUAAAUCUCUGCUCAUAACAAUUUGAUAUGAGCCAUGGGACUUUCUCUGAAAUGUGAAUUUUUCCGAUUAUGUUCAUUCUCCCAAGAAUGAUCCGUAGUUGCUUAUGUGUGGGAAGUAAGUUACCUUAUCUAUAAUUUUGGCCUCUGCUUUAUAGUUUUAUAACCUCUCAGUCGUGUAUCAGUUGGCAAACAAGAAAAAAUAUUGAAAAUUUCAACCAUAAAAUUAGAAAUGCAAAUUGGCGCGAAAGAAAGCGGUCGUUACCAUUCUAAUAAGUUCCGACGGGACGAGCGAAUCAAUCCAGUUCUGAUGGAAAAGGUCUUGCGUAAACAGCCUUGUCAUCUCACCUCGCAAUCUCAGCGCUAAUAUGGCAAAAUGCUUCUCUGAUAACGAAAUUCGCAUCAAUAAUCGUUUUUUUGUCCUGUCUAUCAUUCCGUUCGCAAGAUGGAAUCAACGCCGAUUAUUAUGGAGCUGUUCGAUAAUCCUGCCACGUAUUAUCUCCAAAUCCUACCAGGUUAACGCAAAUUUGUCGGGUGGAAUAGCGCUCGAAAAUAGAAAAUAGUCUAGGAUGAAGUGUGAUUAGGAUUCAAAUUUCAUGGAAAUUUCGAAAACGUGGGAUACAUCUCUUUCCAUUAAAAGGCUUCCAUACUGUAAAUCGUUCAUUCAGUGGUUUCGGUGGCCUAGUUGAAAAUGAAGUUUAUUUAUACCAUUAAAAUCAAAAUGAAAAGUCGUAAGACGGUAAAGUUCUAUUACCCCGACCAAUUUGUUAUUUUAGGAACUUCUUCGACUACCAUCGAUCUUGAUAAUCUGUCUGAUUUGCUCAAUCAGACAGACUUCAACUGUCUCCGGCCACCGACAAAAUACUUGGAGGACACCCCUAUCGUAUGGAUUCCAUGAUACUUGUGAGAUAUAACUUUGUCUUUAGAUUGUCGAACAGCCGAAGGCAAUCGACUGGCAACGCGAGCCCUCCAGCACUCCACCCGAGAAAGAUGUGAUCCUUGAACAGGAUGCUACCGAAUACGUGAUUUUUCGAGAAAAAGAAGGAAAAGUUCUAGAAGUGAGUACCGUUUCUGCCUCCCAGCGGAACACCGACUCUUCAGGUACGUGGUGGGCCGAAAGAUGCGCUCAUCGUCUACGCCACUCAGUCAACGCAUUCCAGUUUGCUUUACCAAGAAGCGUUUCUUAUCACGUUCCGCACUUUUAUCAGCGCUUUGGAGCUCGUAAACAAGCUUAUCAAAAGGUUCGUCGCCCGGUUAAUCAGAUGCGCUUUGAUCGUUUCGCUUCAGAUAUCUCUACAUGUCACUUGCCAAUGAUUCCCAAUCAGAGUCGAUUGCGCGCCACACAUUCUCAGUGAUUGUCAGAAUAAUUGAUGAGGUUACGCAUUAUGAACUUGACAUCGACCUCAUCACUUCCGUCACUUCCUUCGUCUAUCGCCUGAUUCAUGACGGAAACUUCACGUAUUCUCGAAUUCUUAGGUCCGAAAACAUAACUUUGUGGGGAUCCACGUGUGUCGUUUCAGAACUCGUCUAUUGGACCGUAUCAAAGACUCUUUUGACAUUCAAACCGUUCUCGGAACGAAUCUGUGCAAACCAAAAAAGUAUUGAUCACAAAUUAAAAUUCAUCAAUGCAUUUUAAAUUUCAGACCCCAUGACUUAUUCGAUUUCAAAUCGGCAGAAAUCGCAUGCCAGCUCACAUUCAUCGAUUCGCAGCUUUACCACAGAAUUGAAUCCGCCGAGUUGCUCGGCUGGGCCCAGGAGCAGAAUGAGCAAAAGAGCAAGAAUCUAGUCAACUUCACCGAACAAUUCAAUAAUGUGAGUGUGCAACAAUUGUGCCUGUGAGAACAUUUUUUGACAAUUCAGCUCUCCUUUUGGGUUCGCACGCUGAUAAUUACUCAGCCCACGCAGAAAGAAAGAGAAAGAUAUAUGAUGAAGCUUGUGAAAAUUAUGAAGGUAGUUGGUGGAAGACUACUAACAAACAAUAAUUGUUUUUUGUUUUAGCAUCUUCGCGAAAUGUGUAACUUCAACUCGUAUUUGGCAAUUCUCAGUGCCAUUAUGUCCACUCCACUGGCCAGGUUGGAAUGGAGCAAAAACAUAAAAGACGUUCUCAAGGUACACAUUCCCUGAAACCACAUUCAACCAGAGUAUUGUUGCAGGAACACACGGCCGUCAUGGACACGACACAAUCAUACAAAAAUUACAGAGCUCUUCUUCAAACGGCCAGACCACCUUGUGUUCCAUACAUGUCAGUUUUUCUUCUAUUGACCAAGUUAUUCAUUGAUUUUGGAAUGUAUUCCAGCGAUUGUCUGUUGGUUUUUAAGAAAAGAGUAGGCGGGGUUGGUUUGGUUUGGUUUUCAGCGAUGAAAACUGAACGUUAUGGCUGAGUCUCACGUUUUUUUCCGGACAUUUUGACAUUUCCGGUCCAUGUCUGAAACAGAAACUCUUGAGUAUUCUGUGGUCUGACUGGUACUUAGAAUGUCUGUCGGUCUAGACGUCGUUACUUUUCCCUCCGGAGGUUUCUUCGGCGACGUCAAUAGGUAUGUACCAGAUUCAGUCCCUAGUUGACUUCAUAAUUUGCUUCAUAUACCAAGCGUGACCCCCAACGCGUAGUCGCGUAGUCAUCGAUGAUCCGCGUCGCGCAUACCUGUCACUUUCCGCCAAAAACCCCUCAAUUUGCAGCGGAAUCAUCCUCCAAGACUUGACGUUUGUUCAUGCCGGAAACCCCGAUUCGAUUCCGUCGGAUCGCUGUCAUGGCGCCAAGAACAUGAUCAACUUCCUGAAGCGGUGGAACCAGUUUGCCAUUCUUGACAGCAUUCGCAAAUUGAAGAAAUGGUAAGAGGGCGGCUGAGAACAGGAACACUAGACUGAAUAAUUUCCUCUUCAGGAACUAUGACAUCAAGAAAAAUGACAUUGUCGUACAGUUCUUCAAUGGUUUCAAAGAUCGUGUCGACGAGGAGCGCACGUGGCAACUCUCGCAUCAAAUCAAACCGUCCAACCGCAAAUCUAAAGCACAAUAA